GAUGAAAGGCGUGUCUUUGUUGUAAGUUCGCGUUUAGAUGAUUUACCUCAGUGUGCAACAACAUGCAGCAGCAUUACCACACUGGAUGAACAAAUGGAGAAGUCAUGGCGGCUUUUGUCAUCUCGUUAUUCUCGUCCUCUUCAGGCGCGUCUCCACCUUCCUCCUUCUAUGGUGGGACACGACACACAGGAAGCGCCAGUCGUGUAGUUGAGCAACACCAAGUUGUAUCAGCUGACGAACCUCCUGAACAUCUACUACAGGAAGAGGUCGAAGCUCUAAGGCAACGCACAGACGCUUUACGCAAUGGGAGACGGGCACGAGCCAAGAUACUAGACAAAUUGCAGACGGAUUUGAAGCAAGAGCGCGCAGAGUUAUUGGCAUUCGAUAGGGCUUCGGAUGCUUCUCACGAAGCCCUUCUUGGAAUCUUAGGCCACAUUGCGCAGCAAAUGAACCACCUGGAACAAGAAACGGGACAAUUCGCAACGGUUCUUAGACCUAUAAUAUUAUAAGAUGAACGACCACUAGGGUUGAGCUUUACUGGGUCAUGGUAUAAGAGUGAAAAUCUGUUCAAUUUUGUUUUCCUAACAUACUAGAUGUAGAUCCUUACAAUUCUGACUGCAUUGAUUUCAUUUGUUCUACUUAUCUAUCUUUCAAUCAUCUACUAGGAAGAACAAGAACUACAUUCAAGGUAGAUCAUCGUGUGUCCCUAAAACAAGUUCAGAAACUGUGUCCUAUUCAAAAUGAAACCCAGACCGUCCUCGCUGGCCCGCGCACAACGGAGAGGGUCCAAAUCCUUCAAAAGCGUCUCACCCGACUGCAGGUAGAGAUCACCGAAGCCACUGCAGGUCGUAUACUAGACGAACGCUGUGGAAUUAGUACUAAUACUACUUCAAAGAAGGGCUCGUCACCUAGAAGUAAGACUAAUUCACCGAAACAUCCAC